AUGCCUCCUUUAGGAAGCGCCAGUAAGAGUAAGAACAAGAUGCGAGAUGGGCAACGGUCUCGAAGCAGGAACACGACGCCGAGCUCUGUGCUCAGUGCAGGCACUGCCCCUCCCGGACCGACGACCACGCCUCUACUUGACUUGGAAAUGUCCAAACUUCUGGUCCCAGCGAAGCCCAAUUAUGCAGAGAUUAUAGACCACCUCGAGAGUCAAGGCUCGAGGCUUGAGCCGAGGUCGCUGAAUGACAUCAUUGAUCAAUUGAAACAUCUGAGCGAUUCAGCGGAAAAACGCGCCGAACUGUGCGAGAAGGCUAUUCGUGUGAUCCACGAGCAGAAGAAAGACUUGGAUUCGGACCAGCAGGAUCACGACCGUCAGGCAGAGCAGGCUCGCAGGGCGAAGGCGCGCAAGGAAGAGGCGACCUCUCAGAAGAAUCUGAAGGCGAAGAAGCGUAAAGACAGACCCGAGACCUAUGAUAGUGUGGAAAUUAAGAAAGAAGAUGAGUCUUCCAAAACCAAGCUUGGGCAUGCCACAUCUGCGCCCGUAGACAGUCCUUCACCAUCGAAGAAGACAAAGCUCAGUCCUGGCACGUCAUCAUUGUCAGAGGUUGCAGACUCUCCAGACGCUGCUGUUGCUGCAAGCGCUCGCGCAUCGCCAGCUAAAUCGGAUGUGUCUAUGUCCGAUGCUGAGGAAAACCGUGUGAUCCACGGGCAGCCUUCGAUGCCUCAGCAAGGUUUCUUCCCCGAUCCUCUGGCUCCGGACAAAGUGAUUUACCACAUUCGAGAGGUUACUCCCGGAAUGUCCGACGCAGAAAAGAAAGAAAUAUACCAAGUUACCGCUUUUCCGACGAAGGAUUUGAGUGAUCAGAUCGCAGGCACGCCUCCUGACAAGGACUUCAGCACCGCCAAGCCAGCCAACCAGAUCGCUGCAAGCACUUUCCUAGCCUAUGUUGAGCCGUACGUCCGGCCUCUCACUGAAGAGGAUAUCGCCUGGUUGAGAGAGAGGGGUGACCGCACGACUCCCUUCCUCGCAGUACCGCGCAAUAAACGCUCCUACCAGGAGAUCUGGGCGGAGGAAGACACGGGGACAAUAUCAGUGGAGAGUGGUGACAAGUUCCCACUCAAUCAUCCACGAGGAAAUCUUGAACAAAUCAACGAUGACAACCUUAAUACAGACCAAGUUUCAACCGGCCCAUUGGCAAGUCGCCUUUUGUCUCUGCUUAAGUUCGAGCACCGAUCACCACCCAGCGACGUCAACGGUAUUGGUGAUUUAAAUUCAUUCAUGGGUGAUGGCAAUGAUACCAUGGACCUGGAUGGACUUACCAACGGCCAUGACCCGACCGAGAAGCCACUGCCCCCAGCAGCUGCUGUUGCCGAUCAAGCUCCGUCAAAGAAUUCUAUCUCGCAGCGCCUAGAUUACAUACAAAGCGACGAACGGAUUAAAGGUGAACUCCGCCACCUAGGCUUACUUGGACAGGAUGAAAAUCCAGAUUAUGACGCUCACCAUGAUGACGACAUUAGUGAGAGGUUGCGCCUUCUGCAGGCCGAACUUCGCCGAGUCAUGAUCAUCAACGGGGCUCGCAAAGCUCGCUUGCUGGAUUUGGCAAAAGAGCGACUUGCCUUCCAGGAAUACAGCACUAUUCACGAAGAUCUGGACAGCCAAGUACAGCAAGCCUAUCUGAAGCGCACGCGGACGCUCGGCAAGACGAAGAAGGGUGGUCCGGGCGCCAAUAAACCAAAAGCCGGUACCCACGGUGUUGGGGCGCCCGGCACAGCCGUGAGUGUUAGCAGAGCGAGAGACAUUGGCGACUCUGCGCGCAUGCUCAUGGAUCGGAGAAAGCGCUGGGAAAACUGCAUUGGCCCUGUUUUCAAGGACAUGAAGCACGGCAUACCGGACAAGGGCACAACUCUGUGGGAUCCGAAGAUCAUGGAGGCCUACGAGAAAGCCGAGUUGGAAGCACUAGAGGAAGAAGCAGAAUGA